AUGUUAAGGCAGGGAUUUACCAUGGUACAGAGGCUCUUUGUGAAGCUCAGGUGACAAAGGAAGUGGAAUCUAACAAUCCUCGCUGGACUGAGUGGCUGGAAUUCCUGAACAUGACCGAUAUUCCCCGCAGUGCCAGACUCUGUCUGUCCAUCUGUUCAGUCAACAGGAGGAGAAAUAGAAAGGUGACAUUUGCCCUAGCUUGGGGAAAUCUACAGCUGUUUGAUUUCAAUGACAGACUUCUAAAUGAAAAAGUUAGUCUAAAUCUCUGGCCUAUGCCCCAGGGAAUGGAUGAACUUCUGAAUCCCAUUGGUAUUCCAGGAUCAAAUCCUGAUGAGAAGGAGACAGCUUGUCUUGAGAUAGAGUUUGAUAGGUUCGCCUUUCCAGUGGUGCAUCCUCAAGAAUACGAGUUUGAAGAACUGGCUCACUUUCUGACAACCAGAGAACGAAGAUCACAUUUACUGGAGACUCCUAUAAGCAGACAGAGGGAUGAGGAGACGAUUAGAGAAGUUGUGUUACGUGAUCCACUGGCAGAAAUCUCGUAUCAGGAAAAAGAAAUACUGUGGAGGCAAAGGGAGUUCUGCUUGACUCUCCCCCACUCCUUGCCAAAACUCCUUCAAGCUAUGAGAUGGAAUGAUCGUGAAAAUGUUGCUCAGAUGUACAUGUUACUGAAGAAGUGGCCCAUAUUGGAGCCAGAAGUUGUUUUAGAGCUGUUAGACUGCUCGUUUCCGGAUCCUCACGUUCGUAGUUAUGCUGUCAGAUGUCUGGAACAGAAACUCACAGACGAAAAACUACAACGAUACCUACUACAGCUUGUACAAGCAUUAAAAUUCGAGCCAUAUCUGGAUAACCCAAUCACCAGAUUUCUAUUGAGGAAAGCACUUCUAAAUCAAAAGAUAGGACAAAUCUUCUUCUGGCAUCUCAAGUCUGAAAUGCAUCACCCUGCCAUAAGAACUAGGUUUGGACUUGUGCUGGAGGCAUUCUGUCGAGGCCUAGGGCCAUACUUAAAAGUUUUGACCCGACAGGUGGAGGCCCUGGAAAAACUUACUAAACUUACAGAUGCUCUCAGAAUGGAUGUCAAAAAUGACCAUAUAGAACAAAUGAAACACCUCCAUUUACAACUACAGCAGCCUGACUACCACGAAGCCCUGCGGAACUUCCUGUCCCCACUCAACAACAGCAAUAGACUGGGAGAUCUGUGUGCUGCAGACUGCAAGGUGAUGAAGUCAGCUAAGCGACCAUUAAAGUUAUCAUGGCAGAACGCUGAUCCAAUGGCUGAUAUCUAUUUCCUCUCCUUCAAGUUUUUCUUCAAGAAUGGAGAUGAUCUAAGACAGGAUAUGCUGACACUGCAGCUGUUAAGGGUGAUGGAUUCACUGUGGAAAGAGGAGGGCCUAGAUUUAAGAUUAAUUCCCUACGGCUGUCUCUCCACCGGUAAGGAGCUGGGUCUGAUAGAGUGUGUUCGUGAUGCCCUGACCAUCAUGGACAUUCAGAAAAAGACUAUCACUGGUGCUUUUCAGAUCGAUUCUAGUAAUGUCCAUCGAUGGAUCAAAGAAAACAACAAAGAGAGCAAGGAAAAAUACGACCAAGCAAUAGAAACCUUCACUCGAUCCUGUGCUGGUUAUUGUGUGGCCACAUUCAUCUUGGGGAUAGGAGACAGACACUCAGAGAAUAUCAUGUGUACUAGGGAUGGUCAGGUAUUUCAUAUUGACUUUGGCCAUUUCCUGAACCACAAGAAGAAGAAGUUUGGAAUCAACAGAGAGCGAGUGCCCUUUGUCCUGACUGAAGACUUUGUGCGUGUCAUUGUCCGUGGAUCAGACAAAAGUACUAAACAUGACCUCUUUGCAGAAUUUAACACAUUGUGUUUGGAGGCCUAUUUGGUUCUUCGUCGACAUGCUCAUCUUCUCAUUAAUCUAUUCACCAUGAUGUUGUCGUGUGGAAUCCCAGAGUUACAGUCCCUGGAUGAUAUAAGUUAUGUAAGAAAGACUCUAGCUGUGGAAGAGACAGAAGAAGAGGCUGCCAAGUAUUUUAACUUACAAUUCAAAACUGCCCAUGGUGGACAGUGGUCAACUAAAGUGGACUGGGUGUUCCACUUCAUGAGGGCUUUCAGCAAGUAAAAAGCUGCAGAGGUUGUCUUUUCUUACUUCAAGUGUGAACAUGUGUUCAGUGAUAUUUAUAUGUACAUGGAGGAAGAAAUCAAAGGAAUUAUUUUGUUUGGAGAAGAGAUAAAAGGAACAAAUAACUCCUGAUAUGUCUUUCAGGCCAAGUUACGGAUAGCCAUGAUGUAACUAACAGGAAGUGCAGUCAGGAAAAUGUGCUUGGCUCUUAUUGGUCUCCUGAGUCCAUCAUGUGACCAACCGCUAGUUGGCUGUCAUGCAUGACUUUGGAAAAAUUUCAGCUUCAUUUCUGAAAGAUGGCUGAACCAAUUCCUACCAAUUUAGUACACAGCCUCAUAGGAAAAUAAUGUUGAUGGUACAGUCCUUGUCGUUGGCCAUGCAUGCUCAGGCUUUCAGAGUAAUGUAUUAUUAAGCCAUGUGCAUGAAAUAAAGCUUACUGAUGGAUACCUAUAUGUGGAAAGAUUCAAACUACUCAGACAAAUGUGUCAUUAUAUGUGGAACUUUUGAACCACAGUAAUAGGCCAUUUUCAAAUUUCAAAUUGUUGAAACUUUUUGGAAAUGAAUACUUUAGUGUAAAGAUUAGAUAGGCAUGUAGGUGUAUAAAUGCAGGUUAGUCUUGUUUCAAAGUCAAUAUAUUAUGAAGAAAACUUGAUUUUUAUGAAAGUUCUUUUGAUACUUUUGGUAACAUUUACAGUUUUGAUUAAAGAUUAAUAGCUUUCAAAUUUAUAUCUUUCUGUAAUAUCUUUCAGAUUCAGCAUUAUAUGUAUAAGGUUGUCCAUAUUAAAAGUAGGUUGAGAUUGGGCAUUGGAAAACAAGUCAAAUUCUAUAACCUUCUUCAACUUUAUGAAAACAUUUGAGAGAAUUUACACAAGUACGUUUCAACCAGUUUGCUUCAAUAACCAGUAAAAUUUUAAGAAGCCCAAACAAACUUGUAUCAAUUGUGGAUUCAACAUCAUGUAAAAUAUAUCGAUUCAGAAGCUUAUAACACAACAUGUGUAUAAAAGUCCCCCAGUUGUCUUUGUGAUAAAUAGAGGAAAUUCUGAAUUUACAUUUUACAUUGUUACUGAUAUUAUUUAAUAUUUAGACUACCGGUAUUGAUAAUAAUGAAGUAUGAUUUCAUACUUGGAGACUGAAUGUGCUUGUCAUUAUUUAUUUCAUAGCUGUGAGAAAGGUUGUUUUUAACACAUGUACUUUCGAAUGUGUUUAGUGCUAACAUACAUCAUGUUUCACAGUCAUAUUUCUUGUAAUGAACAAUUUUUUUUCUUCAAGAAAGUGCAAUCAAUGUUUAUAAUUUUUUUUUCUGAGAGGUACUAAUUCAUGAGUACAAUUGUUUAUGCAUUUACAUGUUGACAUCGAAUCAUCUCAGAAGACCUGUCUUUAUAUUGUGUGUUGUGUGUCUGUCUAUUCAUGAAAAA